AUGAUGCGUUUAACUCGAUGCAGGAUGGCUACAUCAGCCGCUUUUCGAUUAUCAAUGGCGCGUCGCAAGCAAGCUGCUAAUCCAAACCAAACAUUAGCUGAACGCACGUAUACUGUACGCCCAACGCAUUUUUGGAUGGAUAAAAUCCUUGAACGUGAAAAUCAAAAACCAAUUGCAGAUUCAAAAGCACCACCCCAAGAGCGCCAUUUGAUUGAGAAAACGAUGUCCGAUAGUGCCAUGGUACAAUACUUGCCGUUUAAAUCAUCACCGGAACUGCUGGAUGAGUAUAUUUUUGUGGAUGGACGAAUUCGUACGGGAAAGCUGCUUGAAGACUUGGAUAGAAUGGCAGGUGCUGUGGCCUACAAGCACAUCGAUAACAAUGAUCCUAAUGCACGACCUGUUACUGUGGUGACGGCGAGCGUCGAUCGAUUGGAUUUGCUGCUGCCAAAAGCCGUUGAAGAUUACAAGUUGACGGGUCAGGUGACCUAUGUGGGAACAAGCUCUAUGGAAAUCUUUCUCAAAGCUGAAACGGUACCUAGUGGGGAAGAUGAGCAUUUAUCACCCACAGAGCCAACAUCAGCAAAAAUCCAACAUCCCGGUGAGUUGGGUCCCAAUACAGUGCUUGCAACAAGGUUUACAAUGGUAGCUAUCGAUUCUGCCACUGGAAAGUCCGUGCGCAUCAAUCCACUCAAAACAACAACACCAGCUGAGGAACGAUUGUUUGAAUUUGCCAAAGCUAACAAGGCACGUAAGAAACGUAAUGCUGAAAGUGCAUUGACGCGUUUUCCUCCCACCCCUGAGGAACGAUUGGCCAUCCAUGACAUUUAUCUUGAAUACUCUAAAUACGAUCACAGCGAUGAAAAGUCGUUUAUGAUGCAAAAUAGUGCUGAUAAGCAACCAAUGCCUAGCAACCUUGUAUGGAUGCAAGACACCAGCAUUGAAAGCAAUUAUCUAAUGCAGCCCCAAGAUCGAAAUAUCCACAACAACAUCUUUGGUGGCUACUUGAUGCGUCGUGCCUAUGAACUUGCUUAUGCAGAUGCCACUGUAUACUUGGGCUCUCGCGAUGCUAUUUUGUUGGCUAUGGACGAAGUUAUCUUUCGUAGACCUGUACACGUUGGUACGCUUCUCCAUCUCAAAUCCGAAGUCAUUUAUGCAGAAGGUGCACCCCAUCACUCUUUCCAAGUGAGAGUGGUAGCUGAAGUCGUUGAUAUCGAACAUUCAAAAUGUGAGACAACCAACAUCUUUUACUUCACUUUGGCUGCUGAAGGGGAUGUUCAACCUCGACGUAUCCUCCCACGCACUUAUUCAGAGACCAUGUUAUGGCUCGAAGGAAAACGUCGUCGAGAAGAAGGUGUUCACGCACGCCACAUGUUGCUCGAAUCCUUAUCACGUAAUAACAAGACCAAUAGCAAUUCACAAUAA